AUGGCGCCAACGCGUGCUUCUUCAAACACAAACAACUCCAUUGAACAAUUGCAAGAUCGAUCCAGUCCCUAUUAUGUUCAUCCAAGUGAUGGUCCUUCAUCUGUAACCGUCAAACCGCUCCUUACCGGGUCCAGUUAUCACUCCUGGGUGAGAUCCAUGUGGUGUGCUCUCGGCGGCAAAAUGAAGUACGAAUUCGUCGACGGUACAAUUCCGGUGGUCACCGAUCCUUUCGAUCCUACCUUUCGCGCCUGGACUCGAUGCAAUAUGCUGGUGCUUUCUUGGAUCAUGAAUUCAGUUUCUGAAUCUAUUGGAAAUUCGAUUGUCUUCAUGAAGAACGCAAUCGAUGUUUUGGAUGGAUCUCAAGGAACGCUUUGCACAAGGAGAUUUGGUAAGGAUUUCCGAACUUAUGCAACAGAUUUACAAUCUUCAACAAGAAUCAAAGUCUGUUGCUGAAUUUUAUUCAGAUCUGAAAAUUUUAUGGGAGGAAUUGGAGUUAUACAUGUCAAUUCCUCAAUGCACCUGUGUUACCUGUUGUCGUUGUGAAGCAAUGCGCAGUGCGCGCCAAAAUCACCUCGUUCUUUAUGCUAUUCGAUUUCUCACUGGUUUGAAUGAGAAUUUCUCAAUGGUUAAGUCUCAGAUCUUGUUAAUUGAUCCUCUUCCACCUCUUAACAAAAUUUUUUCAAUGGU